AUGUAUUAUGAUCGUUCGUUGUUUCAGAUACUCAAGAUAACAAUGUUGAGGCGCAUUAUCCCCGCUGAGAAAGAGUGGUUUUGUAUGCGCUUGGUCGGAACUGUCAAAUCUCAUAUCCAACUAGGAAAUUACUUUUAUAAUCCUUAUAGCAAACAUAUGGAAAUCCAAUUAUAUGCAUGCAAAACCGACAUCUCACCAUUGCCACACGGACAAGUUCAAAUCGAUACGAUUAGCGAGAUGACAUCAAACCUUUAUCAAACGUUUCCAAGUCUUUGCACGUCAAAUCAUCAUGCAACCUUACAUCAUGUGGGCCAAUAA